AUGUCACCCGCAACUUCCUCGAAGGAUACACCCACUCACGGUCUAGAACAACUCUCCUUGGGCGAACAGUGGUGGGCUUCACGGUGGUCGUGGCUGAAAGAGCGAGGGUAUACACUACGCUCUCGUUACCAUCCGGACUGGAAGCCGUCAUGGAAGGUUGGGAGAGUAGAUGCGAGAAAGUACGAAGACGGGCAGUUCCCCAAUUUCAACUCGAACAUCAUGGACGCUACUUUCCGCGACGGCACUUUCGUGACGCUGAAGCGCAUCGAUCGCACCCGGCACUCGCGCGAGGUGGAGAUAUCCGUCAUGUUGUCCUCACCUGAACUUUCGAAAGACCCUCGCAAUCACUCCGUGCGAGUCAUCGAAGUGUUAGAGGAUGUACCGGAUGCGCCGGAUGUUUCUAUCCUAGUCAUUCCCCUCCUCAGCGACAUCGACGAGCCGGUGGUCGAAACUGUUGGAGAGUUCGUUGCUUUUUACACGCAGAUCCUUGAAGGGUUGCAAUUUCUACACGAGCACCGCAUAGCUCACUGCGACUUCUUUGGUACUAAUAUCCUCAUGGAUGCCGGACCCCUCUACCCCAAACCAUUUCAUCCCAGUGAACCCACUCGACGUCGCGAUUGGAAGGGCAAAGCUCGGCACUACACGCGUACGGAGCGGCCCGUCAAGUACUACAUAAUCGACUUCGGGCUCUCGCACAAGUUUGAACCGGACAACACUGCGCCUCGCAUCGUGCCCAUCAUACCCGGCGACAAGUCAGUACCCGAACACCAGGGCAUGCAAGAAUUCGAGCCUUCCGACCCAUUUGCGACUGACAUAUAUACCGCUGGUAACCUUGUGAAUGAAUGGUUCAUAGAGCGCGCCGACGGUUACGACUUCGUGAAGCCUCUCAUCGCAGACAUGACACAGGAGGAUCCAAGCAAACGGCCGAAGAUUGACGAAGUCGUGGAACGGUUUGCCGAAAUCCGUGCGUCCCUGAGCGAGAAGAAGUUGCGCUCUCGUGUCAAGGAUAGGUUAACCCAAUACCCUGCUUUCUUUGGUCUUCGUUUCCGCCUGCGCAGACUGCGACUUUCUCUCGGUGGAAUAUCCCCGAUCCCCGAUCCGUAUACUUGA